UGUUUUGGUUUUGUUUGUGUAGAUUUCGCUGUUUUUUGUCAUUUGUCAUUUCGUAAUAAUUUCUCAUUUAAGUUGCAUAAAGGCAUGCAUAGAUUCACACUAACUUAGACUUAGAUAUAUUAUCGUGAACGGACACUAACAAGAAUGACUACCGAUUUUGAAAAUGAGUCAGUAUUUUGGACUAGAAAAAUGAAUCUAAAACUUGUCGAGUUUAUAAAAAGUAAGCCACACAUGUGGAAUCCCAAACAUCCGAAAUAUACCUCGACGGACAUGAAAGAGAAAACAUAUUCAGAAUUUGCUUCUCAAUAUGGAAACCAGUUUACUAGUCAAGCAGUGAAAAAAAGAUGGACCAACAUAAGAUGCUCCUUUGCUUGUUAUGUAAGGAAGUUACGGAGUAGUACUGCUAGAGGAAAGGAGUACAGUGUGAAAUGGCAUCUUUGGGAUGCUUGUCAAUUCCUUCUGAAAGUGACCAAAAAUCCUCCUCCUAGUGAAGAUCUAUCUGAAUUGGAAGAUGUUAAAGAAGAUUCCCAGUCACUAUCGGGCGAUGAAGACUAUGAUGUUGACAAUAAUGCUCAGUAUUCUUAUACUAAUGAACAAAGCAGCUGUAAUGGAUUUGCGCAAGAAUUAGCCAAAGUAUUCAGAGGGGUACAAAAUGAUGCUUUUGGAUUAGACAACACGAAACAUGGUAAAAUAGGCCGGAUGGUUACCAAACAACUUUCUCAAAUGAAUUCAUAUGAUGCUGCAAGAGUUUCACAGCAAAUAAUGGAAGUUUUAUUGAAAUACAAUGAUAAUAAUCCUAUGAAUAUUGAAUACAAAGAAGAAAACUAAAUUGGA